AUGAUCGAUAAAUACGCAAAAUACAACAAAAUCUACACGGAUGGCUCUAUCUGCAAUAAUAUAAGAGGCUGUGCACUUAUAGUAGGAGAAGAAAUUUUUCGAUUCAAACUACCUCAAUAUUUUUCGAUUUUUUCUUGCGAAUUAUUUGCCAUUGAGAAAGGACUCGAUUUAAUUGAGGAACAGAAAAUAAAAAAGGCCAUUAUCUGUACUGACUCUAAAUCUGCAAUAGAUGCACUAAAAAAUCCUGCUAACCAUGAUGAAGACGUCCAGAGAUGCCAAAGUAAACUUUCCAAAAUUUCCCUCUCAAUGGAAAUCAUCAUAGCAUGGAUUCCAGCACACCAAGAAAUCCAUGGAAACGAAACAGCUGACUUAAACGCAAAACAAGCUACCACUGAUGGUAUAGACCUAUCGACAUCUCUCCCAACUUCUGUGAAUGAUUUGAAGAAAUACAUAAAAAAACACAUCCAAGAUGAAUGGAACAAAAGAUAG